ACAGCGCCAAAACCUGUCAAAUUCAUAAUCCCUAAAUUAGAGGCGUUCUCUCUCUCUCUCUAUCUAUCUGCGAUUCUUCAUCCAUUUCAGGUUGAAAUCUGUUCAUUUGAAUCCUCAAUCUUCAAAGAGAGGAAGCAGGAAUAGAGACGAUAUGGCUUCUAUCAAAGGAUCCACUCGCUACAGCUCAUUCGAGUCUCGAUCUUCAACUCAGUCUCAUAACUCGGAUCCAUCGUCCUCCACUGACCUCAAAUCCACAGGCUCUUCUUUCAAGCACAUCAUAGCCGGCGCCGGCGCCAAGUCUCGCGGGAAUCAAUCUCCCGCACUGCAAAACUCGUCCUCCGCUCGAGCCAUCGUUAAGGCGAACUCUACCCAACUAGCUACAAAGGGGAAGAAUGAACCCAAAUUUACCACGAUGGUAAAGAAUUUUAUGGAGAAGAAAUCGAAGCCCAAGGCUGCGGCGGCGGAGACGCUGCUGAUUCCGGUGGAUUUGAUUGCAGAGGAUUUGAAGAAGUCAGCGCGAAAGGGAUCUAAUUUAUCGACUUUUCAUAGGAAGAUUUUUAGUAAAGGGUCAGGAUCUACAGGGAAAAAUGAGACCAAGGCAUUGACGGAUGUGAAAUCGAAUACUAGAACCUUGGCGAUGGUGUUGAGGAGUGAAAGAGAGCUUCUAAGUCAGAAUAGAGAUCUGGAGACUGAAGCCAUUGAACUCAAAUUGAUUAUUGAAGAAAGAAACAGAGAGGUUGAAAAGCUGAAAGAUUUGUGCAUAAAACAAAGGGAGGAAAUAAAGGCAUUGAAAAGCACCAUACUAUUUCCAGAUUUGAUGAAUUCACAGCUUCAAGAUCUUUUAGAGAAACAAGAUCUUGAACUUAAACAAGCAAAACAGCUAAUCCCUUCUCUACAGAGGCAGGUCACUGAUCUUACAGGCCAAAUUAACUGCCUAGCUGAAGAUCUUCAAGAGGUGAAAGCAGAUCAAUAUUCUUCUUCAAGGGGAGGUUACUAUAGUGGGACUUAUUAUGGAUCUCCUGAGACACCCAGAAAUGAAAGAGAAACCCUGAAUUCUCUGGAUUUUAGUUCGGAAGAACGAUUCACACCUGGAACUCCAGAUGAUUUGUUGCUGCUUAAGGAUUUCAAUCCAUGUUUAACACCUUAUUCAAUCAAGAAAAAAUCUAAGGAAUUCCAGGGGACUGGUAUUGAUCACUUUUCAAAUGAGCACCUGUAUAACAAAACAUCAAGAAAUUCAGAUUCCUGCCUCUGUUCUGGAAAUGCUUACAGAUCUGAAGGAAGGAUGGAAUCAAUAAGAUGGAAUACCAACAAUGAAUAAGUAUUUCAAUACUCUUUUUUAUUUGGUGGGGAACUGAAGUUAUUUGAAUACUCACUAUUCCUGUAUUACUUGAGACAUGAGAAGAACUUCAAUCAAUCUGGAUAGUGAUCUUU